AGAAGCCCAGCGGAUUAAUGCUGGACCAGUGAUCUGGUCACGUGCUGGUGAUCACUAUCUAGAAUUUUCCACCACCACCAAGCUAUCAUCAAAAUGCUCAAGUGUCUUGUAGUCCUUGCCUUGUUCGUUCAAGCAUUUGGGCUUGAAAUUCCCGAAUACGCCCCCUACCAAAAGCAUCUCACUUCUGGGGCCAUCUUUGACCAAUUUGACUACGACAGUUUGAAGUCUUCCCCAUGGGUUCCAUCAUCAGCCACCAAGUUCGAUGAAGGCAGAAGGGAAGUGGUCGCAUACAACGGAGAGUGGGGCAUUGAGACAUCCAAGAAGGUCAAGGGCUAUGCCAACGACCGUGGUUUGGUCAUGAAAAGCCAGGCUGCCCACUAUGCCAUUGCUCGCAAGUUGGAUGAGCCAUUUGAUAACACAGGAAACGACUUGGUUUUCCAAUAUGAAAUCAAGUUAGAGAACGAUUUGUCUUGUGGAGGUACGUAUGUCAAGUUAUUGAGCUUGCAAGCGGAUUACCUGAAAUUCAACUCCGACACUCCAUACCAAGUCAUGUUUGGCCCAGACAAGUGUGGAUCGCAGAACAUGGUCCAUUUUAUAAUCAAAAGAGUCAACCCACACACUGGUGUUGCGGAGGAGAAGCAUUUGCGGACGGCUCCAAUGUCAAAAGGUGGUGUUUUGAGCAGUUUGUACACAUUGAUCAUCAAGAAAAACCAAGACUUCGAAAUUAGAAUCAAUGGUGAGGUCGCCAAAGCGGGAAACUUGGUCACAAGCACUAGCUUAUUGAGGCCACCUUUGAACCCUCCGCGUGAAAUCGAAGAUCCAAACGAUAAAAAGCCAUUCGGCUGGGAUGAAAGGUUGACUAUCCCAGAUCCUAACGCUGAGAAGCCAGACAACUACGAAUUGAACCACGUCUGGACCCAGAUCCCAGAUGUCCGUGCUGAAAAGCCUGAGGAUUGGGAUGAGUCCAAGCCAAAGUUGGUGCGUGCGGAAGACUCACAAGUGCCAGAUUACUGGGAUGAAGAAGAAGAUGGCGAGUGGAUUGCGCCUUUGGUGCCUAAUCCAGAGUGUGAAAAUAUUUCUGGGUGUGGUCCAUGGGAGCCCCCAUUAGUAGACAACCCCCAUUACAUCGGUCCAUGGGCCUCUCCAAGAAUCGACAAUCCAGACUAUCAAGGGGAAUGGAAGCCAAGAACAAUUCCAAACCCUGAGUAUUACAACGACGAAAGACCCUCUGACCUCGAGCCGAUCGGAGCAAUUGCUUUCGAAUUGUGGAGCAUGGAUUCCAAUGUCAUGUUUGACAACGUCUACUUGGGCCAUCUGAUAAAAGAAGCUGAACAAAUUGGAAAUGAAACAUGGCGUCCAAAAUACGAGUUGGAGCAUGUUUAUAGGGAAGCCAACAGACCCAAGUUAAGAAACGAGCCAGUUCCUCCUCCUCCGGACUUCCAGGAUUUGUUGUUUGCCGAUCCCGAAGAGUCCACUCUUUCACAGUUCUUGAACUUUAUCAGAAUGGCAUCUAAGAGACAAUAUUUGGAGUUCAGUGAUUUUAUCUUCGAGUUUGUCAUGGACCCUGUUCCAACUGUUCUCGAGUCACCAGUUAGAUUUGUGAUUUACUGUUCCAUUAGUGUUGUGGUUUUGAGUGUUAUUUUUGGAACUUGGGCAGUGUUGAUGUUUGUACUUUUCAACAAGAGUGAAGAACCAAGCCUCCAGGAAGAAAAGCCGGAAACUGAGGUACAAUAUGUGCCAAAGAUAGAGGAGCUCUCUGAUCACGAGAUCGAGACUGUUACAGCCUCCGAGUCAACUUCGUCUGCAGUUCAUCAGGAAAACAACACCACUAAAAGAAAGUAGCUACAUAAAUAGCAUACGUUAUUAACGACAGAAUCAGUUACUGGUUGCAAGUGUAGUGUCAGAUGGUUCUUGCUAGGUUUGUAGUUGGUAUUCGUGCGAGGGAUCAAUUUUGCACCCUUUCUAUUUGUGAACAUGGCUGCGAAAUAUUACCAAGUAGAUCGAGAAAAAGAAACCCAGAAAUAAGCAUGUCUAUAGACGUAGCAGUACAAGGUAAUCUAUGAACGAGUGAUGGCUAUUUUUAGAAAGGGGAAGCGUAA